UAUUAAAUAUACAAGAAACCAUAAAUUAUAAUCAUUUUGCAGUUGUGGAUUAUGUUUGAAAAAAAUAUAUAUAUAUAUAUAUUAUUUUUCAGUAUCGGAAUGUCCAAGAAUAAAUGGUCAAAAAUAGAUAGUUUGGUGCAGACUUGGGUGGAAGAUGAAGAUCCAAAUUUGUUGGUGGUUUAUCUUCCAAAGAGUAGGAAUAGUAGGCAGCAGGUGAUAUGUAAAGGAUCUCUGAGGUUGAUGGAUGUCAUAACCCCGGACUUUAUUGACAAAUUCACAGAAACAGCGUACAGAAAGGCACCAUAUGUGCCAACAAUAAGAGAAGUCUUACCAGCUAUCACCAAAGAUGUUGUUCAGACAAACACCACUGUCAAAAGACAUCUUUUAUCGGAUAUCACUCAAAAAUACAUGACCAAGAAGAAGAAAAUCAGUAGAGGAUAUUGGGGGAAUGAUUUAAUGAAGCCAGAAUUUUGGCCUGAAGAUGUUCCAUUUAAAAGUCCAUCUACAAAUAAAGCUACUGGACAAUGCAGUUUAUGUGGAGAGGAGAUGAAUAAGGUUCUGCUACAUUAUGUGUCAUGGAAGAAUGCUUUGCAACCAUCCAAUGACAACAGUCCUUCAACAAAUGACAAUGUACAGCAACCAUCCAAUGACAACAGUCCUUCAACAAAUGACAAUGUACAGCAACAGGACCAUGCCAAUGAAAGUUUAUGUGACUUUUUGAUAGAUGGUAAUAUAGAGGUGUUACAGUGUGAGGUGGACCAAGGACCAACCAUGUACACAGCAGUACCUGUAUCAAGUCAACCACAGACACAAACAGAAGUAAGGUGGAAAAUCACACCGAACACACGGUUCAGUUAUGACAAUGAGGUACACGGCACUCAUGGUCUGUACAAUCUGAACAACAACUGUUGGUUGAAUUCGGCACUGCAGUCCUUGAAACAAAUCAAGUUUCCAGAAUUAGACAGAAAUAGUUUGGAUGAAGAUAGCACCAUUACCAAAGUAAUGAAAUUGAUUGUUGAGUUGCAGCAACCUGUCCCAACAAAAGUAAAUCACUCUGUUGAGCAUAUCCUGGAUUCACUUCAUUUUGAUGAUGCCUUUGGAGACACAGACAAAGGUAUGCAGCAGGAUCCCUGCAACUUCUUGGAAACUGUUCUUCAGAAGCUAAUGAGAAAGGGUUUAUUUCAACUGCUUCAAAUUAAGAAUACACUGAAAUGUAGACAGUGUGAAGUGGAACGUACUGGAUCCAAGGAACCACUACCGAUACUUUUUGUGGAUGCCUGCCGAAAUGAAACACUACAGGAUUCUGUUGAUCGCUUCUUCCAUGAAGAAAUAAUGGAAGGCAGUGAAUCUGUGAAUUGUAGACAUUGCAAGCAGGCAACACAACAUAUAAGAACAUCAAUGGUAUGUGAGGAACCUUCGACCUUAGUGUUGCAAAUCAAAAGGUUCAACCCGAUUACUUAUCAAAAGUCCAUGAUACCAGUUAAACCUUCAAGACAAAUAAUAUUCCCAGUCCACACCAGCAAUUAUUGGGAAUUAAGUGCUGUUAUCAUGUCACCUAUACCUUGGAUGGCGAUAAAAUGCUUUUGUAUGAUGACUUACUUGUUUUAGAAAAGAGUGCCGAGAUGACAUUGAGCAGCAGAUUUUUGCAAAUGAAUGGUUACAUUUACUUCUAUCAGCAAAAGAAUAAUUUGUGAAGUUCAAAAUGAUGUACGAUGUAUGAUACUACCCACAGUACAACACAAUGAGUUUUCUACAUAAAACUGGACAGUUUGAUGAAUUAUAAUUUCAACUUUGCACUUCUGUUGUGCUUUCCUUGUACCAGACAUGACAUAUCUGUGAAACUAUGAAAGAAAUGUGAAGAUUUUUUUGAAUGACAUUACUAAAAUUGAAAGUCAGGUUUAAAUUUUCAUACAAUAAGAAAUAAGCGUGACUAAUUUCACUAGACACAUUUGUAUUUAAAUUUAGGAACAUCCAUACAAUGUAUAUGACAAACACUAACUUCAUAAGAUUCACUUCAAAUUUGAAACAUCUCUGAAUUCAUGGAAUAUAUGUACAUAAUUGUAAAUAUGCAUAAAUAUGCAGUGUCACAUUUGGUAAUGUCCAAACAAUUUAUGUAGAAAUUAUUAUAUUGAACAUUUCUGUAAUUGUGUAAAUAAGAUGUUGUUUUUUUUUUUUUAUUUUGCUGUGCAAGAACACAGUUUUACUAUUAAAUUGACUGACAUAAUAAAACAUGUGUAAAUAUUAA